CAGUGCUAAAAACCACCACAAAAACUCCAUGCAAAUGGCAGUUUUCGGCAGCAACCGUCCUUGGCUAAUUAUCUUUGCCUUUGUCAUCGGCCUAGUGCUGGUGACAAUUGCAAAUGGCGAGAACAUUUUCCUGGAGUGGCACGUCGCAAUCGACUCGAGUAUCCGGCCAGCCUUUGCAGACCAGCCAGUUAUUACCAUCAAUGGGAUGUUUCCAGGGCCUCUUAUCAAUGCCACAACCAACGAUCUUGUUCAGGUCAAUGUGUUUAACGACAUGGAUGAACCUCUACUUUUUACUUGGGGUAAAUGUUACAGGAAUGGCAUACAACAGAGACUAAACUCAUGGCAAGAUGGAGUUUCAGGAACAAACUGUGCAAUUCAAGCUGGUACAAAUUGGACUUAUGUGUUUCAAACGAAGGAUCAGAUUGGGAGCUUCUUUUACUUCCCCUCUCUCAAUUUCCAAAAAGCUGGAGGAGGGUAUGGCCCAUUUCGGGUUAACAAUCGCGUUGUCAUCCCUGUACCUUUCCCUAAACCUGAGGCCGAAUUUGAUCUUCUCAUUGGUGAUUGGUACAACAAAAGUUACAAGGAAAUUAAGUCUAUGAUGAACAAUGAGCUUUGGGCUUACCAAAACCUACCAAAUGUGAUGCUAAUGAAUGGAAAAGGCUCUUAUUUGGAUCCGAACGCGACACAGCACGAGUCUUUCACCGUCACAAAUGGAAAAACUUAUCGAUUCAGGAUAUUGAACGUGGGGACAGCGUGGAGUUUCAAUUUCCAGAUUCAAAAUCAUCGAAUGGUUUUGGUUGAAACAGAAGGAUCAUACACUGAAAAAAUUACCUUGGAUUCUCUCGACGUGCACGUUGGCCAGUCUUACUCUGUUCUUGUUACAGCAGAUCAAGAUCCGGCUGAUUAUUACAUCGUGGCUAGUCCGAAAAUGUCCAAUGCCACUGGAAAUAACAGUCUUAUUGGUGUAGCAGUUCUUCAUUAUGAUACUUCCACCACUCCUGCAACUGGCCUUCUCCCAGGAAAGCCUGAUCCGUUUGAUAUAAAUUUCUCACGGGAUCAAGCUAAGUCCAUCAGGUGGAACCUGACCACAGGAGCUGCAAGGCCAAAUCCCCAGGGAACCUUCAAUGUAUCAAAUGUGACACUAUCUCAGAGUUUUCUUCUCCGGGGCUCUAGCUCUUUUAUUGAUGGUGCGCCUUUCUACACCGUCAACAAUGUCUCCUAUCUUACACCAGACACUCCAUUAAAACUAGCUGAUCAAUUUGCCAAUGGCUCUGGAGUUUAUGAACUCGACAAAUUCCCCGUUAACUCCUCCAUUCUCGAUCCUGUUCGUGGGGUUUUUGUCGCCUCCGGAAUCCACAAAGGGUGGAUAGAAAUUGUGUUCCAGAAUAAAUUACAAGUGAUUGAUUCCUGGCACUUGGAUGGUUUUGGAUUUUAUGUGGUCGGCUUUGGGGAUGGAGAAUGGAGACCUGAAUUUCGUUCUAGUUACAAUACUUAUAAUCCUGUGGUUCGAUCCACCGCUCAGGUUUAUCCUGGAGGAUGGACUGCCGUUUAUGCGUUUCUCGACAAUCCUGGAAUGUGGAACUUGAGAUCACAACUCCUGAAAAAUUGGUAUCUGGGUCAAGAACUCUACUUGAGAGUUUAUGAUCCUGAUCCUAACCCAGCCAAAGAACGGCUUCCUCCAGAAAAUCUCAUUUACUGUGGAAAAUUUCAACCUCCAGCCGGACCACCUGGACCAUCUGCAGGUCCUCCACCCAAAGCUUCACCUCCUGGAAAUAGUGCACCACCUCAACAAAAAUUAUGGUUUCUUCAUAUAUUGGCCGUCUACAUUGUUACAGUUCUGCUCAUUGGUUGGCGGUAA